GUGGCAGUCAAGCUAAACGGGCUACUAUUGCUUUUGAAAGUUCAAAAACACGUUUGCUCGUUUUUCAUCGAGGAAUUCGUUCAAAAUCGUUAUUCCCCUCGCCUCGUCUUCUCGCUCUGCAGCAUAAAAAGAAUUAGAUAUGAAUUCAGACUCACAUCCACCCUCGGCUCCACUUGAUAUUCAGCCACCACCGUACGGUGCAUUAUCACCGCAACAGGCAACACACGGUGACAUACAAAAACAAGCAUAUCCAACACUACAGGUUCAUAGUGGAGGACCGUUACCGGCACCUUACCCUCAUCAAACUUAUAGUGGAGGACCAGUACCGGCACCUUACCCUCAUCAAACUUACAGUGGAGGACCGGUACCGGCACCUUAUCCACAUCAAACUUACAGUGGUGCACAACAGCAACAACAACCAGUUAUCAAUGUCCAACCAUCGCAACCUGAAGUUAUUGUUGUGCAAAAUCCAGUUUUCGGUUCUGAACCCCAAAACGCGAGAUGCCCGCACUGCCACACCGAGAUGUUCACUAGAACCGAGACAGCUAUUACUCCUAUGACACAUAUUGUGUUCAUUUUAUGCUGCCUUUUUGGGUGCUUUUGCUGCGCGCCUUUCGCGUAUUGCACAGACUCUUGUACGGAGAAAAAGCACUAUUGCUCAAGAUGCAAUCAUUACCUCGGACAGAGUCAAUAAAGGCUUCUACAUUUUUUAUUGAGGAAAGGAAGACCACGACACGCAAAGCAAGCGAAGAUUUGUUAACACUUUCCAUUGACAAUUUAAAAAAUAUCUAACUCAACUGUAACUUUAACCACAAGGUUAUAAUAAAUACAUCUAAUACUUAAAAA